AUGUCAUCGGUCUCGGCAAACUCUCAGCCAACAGAGAUUGGCAACAAGGACCUAUCUAUUCGGGACCUUCAUUCCUCGGAUCCAAUUGUGCAAUUCGUCGAAUGGCUGGACUUGGCUAAAGCGACGGCGUUCAACUCCGACACAGACACUUGUACGCUCUCGACUGCAGAACUACCUUCUGGGAAAGUGUCGUCCCGGAUUGUGCAACUCAAAGCUUUGUCAGACGCUGGCAACUUUAUAUUUUUCACGAAUUUGGAGACUAGCCGGAAAUCUCGAGACUUGGCGACGAAUUCACAUGUAGCACUGGUCUUCUAUUGGGGCCAGACUCAAAGACAGGUACGAAUUGAGGGCGUCGCCAAGAGCUGUAGCGAGGAGGAACGGCAGCAGUACUUCAAACUCACGACCAGACGAAGUCGACUUGCAUCCUGGGCUAGUCCUCAGAGCCAAGUUUUAGGAAGGUCGGACCAAGGCGAUGAUGGGCGGGCUCAGUUAGAUCAAUGGGCGGAUGAUACUGAGAAGAAAUUUGAGAGUGUGACAGAUGUUCCCAUGCCUCCUUCGUGGGGUGUGUUGCAGGUUGUCCCGAUGAGCAUUGAAUUUUGGCAGAGUCGCAGCAAUAGACUUCGCGACAGGUUUCUAUAUACGCGAGAGGACAAGGCAGAUGGCAACGAGGGCGCGUGGUCGAUAAUGAGGCUUAGUCCAUGA